GGUAGAGAAGUUUCAGCACCGACAAACACAGCACUCACUGUUAUAAAGGCGACCCGGGACAAAAAUACCCUAUUUCUCGGAACGUGGCGCUGCUUGCGUCUGCAGAUUUUCCUUGGAUGUGUUAAAACUUAACAGGCGCAGUUUAUCAGCUUUGUUGUAGGCCGAGUUGCAUGGUUUAAUAAUUUAGGUAUAUAAAGUGAAUCGGCUUAGCUUCUCCGUUGAAAGCGACUUGUGUGGUGUGUGUUGGGUUCAUCAAAUACUGCGCAGGUGCAAUGACUAUAACAAUGGAUCAUCCCAGUGGGUAUCCCGGAAAUGAGGUUUCCUACAGGAGAUUCGAUGAUGACGCCUCACCCCUGACAGAGGCUGACAUACCCGUCAGACCAGAAAACAGGACAAAGACCGAUAGGGCCUUCUCUUUUAUAAUGGGAGGUUGCAUAGUAAUUGCGAUUCUUUUUCUAUUGAUUACUUUCGUCAUUGUCAUUAAACACGAACCAAACCGACAAAGUUUCAAUGAGGCUGUAAUGAAUGAGGGAGGAAUUAGCAAUCAAGAGGAAUUCCAGGAUUUCAGCUUUAAAAAAUUUGCCUGGAAACUUACGCUAACAUCUUUCAUAUCACUGGGUCUCACUAUAAUUAUGGCAGUUCUGUACCGUCACGCAACAUCUUUCGUGGUCUGGGGAGUUUUAAUCAUAUCAUGGGCAUAUUUCUUCAUCGUCACUGUAGCACUGUGGUGGCUAAAUGUUGACAAUAUCAUUCUCAAAAUUAUUUUCACCAUUGUGACUGUUGUGCUGUUAUGCGUCUUGGUUUUCAUGAAAGACAAGAUCCGUUUGGUCACGAUGUUGUUCAAGGAGGCUACGAAGGCGACGUUCCGCAUGCAGGCGGUGUUUUCGGUUCCUGCAGUGACGUUGCUUUUACUAGUGAUAGUAUGGUCAAUAUACAUUCCUGCCACUUUGUAUAUAAACUUCGCUGGAAUAUCAUCAGGAUCUGCUGAUUCAGAAUAUAUUUCUGGUGAUUUCAGGAUAACCGCCGUGAUUUUCAAUACUAUAAUAACUAUUUGGAUCAGCGAGUUCUUAGUUAGUAUCCAGUACAUGAUAGUGAGUGGUGCUGUUACAAAAUGGUACUUCACCAGAAACAAGGAAUUACUAGGUGACCCAGUAUAUACCAGCUGCUACAACACCAUAAAGUACCAUAUCGGUACUGCCGCUCUGGGAUCUCUGAUAAUUACCAUUGUUGCAGUCUUGCGGGCGAUUCUCAGGGCCUUAUCGCAACAUUCGAGAUUCAGGGUACUGGUAAAUUGCUGCAUGGCGCGAAUUGAGGAAUUCAUAAGGUUUUUCACCAAAAACGCAUUCAUAGUCACAGCUAUGCAUGGAACGCCAUUUAUUCAGUCAGGAAAACGAGCAGUGAAACUUCUAACUCUGAAUAUAUGCAAUACGAUAACCAUCAAUUCCUUGGGCGACUUCGUGUUGACGAUGAGCAGUGUUUUAAUCGUUGGUCUCUCUGUGCUUUUUGCUUACUUCAUAUUAGGCUUACAGGUAGAAAAAAGUGAAAAUAUUUACGGCUGCAUCUUCUUUGUUGUUGUCAUCGCAUUAAUAUGCUGUUGCACAGUCUUAGGAACGUUCGAGACAUCUUUCAGCACCUUGUUCCUGUGCGUCUGUCAGGACUUUUUGAUCAAUAAUGGAAUCGAAAAACCGUACGCUAUGACUAGGGAUUUGAUGGAAUUUCUGGAGGAUUCCAAAAAAACCUUCGCCGAGAAAAUUGAAAAGAAAAAUCUGCCAAAAAUUUAAUAACUAUUAGUAAGAGUUUUGUAUAAGGUAUGUUUGUGUUUGUUGUGUAUAGUAUCUAUCACUUAUGAUAUAUAAUUUUGUAGUGCUAUUAUUCAGAAAAUACCAGUUAAUAUCAAAGCUGCUAUGGAACUCGCAUACAGCUUUCGUUUUUUGUGCAAAUCUAUUUUGAAUAAAAUGUAUUUAAAAUUA